AUGGGUGAUCCACGACCAGACAUUCCGAUCCCGCAAGGGCUCCAGCAGCUGAUGCAAGAUUUUGUCGUCACAGUCCUACGAGAACAGCCCGAUGAUGUCGUCGGCAUGGCUGCUGAGUACUUCACAAAGCUCAAGGAAAGUAGAGAAGAAAUGAGCUCCGGAUCGAAGGUUAAUUUCGAGCAGCCAGAGGACGAAGACGACGAAGACAUGCCAGAAGACGAAGAAUUCCUCAGAAGAAUGAGAGAGAAGCAAAAGUACGGCCGAAGAAAGUCAGUUUCUGCCGAAGGUUAUGAUCCAGAUAAAGAUGACGAGGACGAUGAUGCCGAAGAAAGAAUAGUUAAUCCCAAAUCCGAUGAACAGCGAAACCGACUCAUCGCCGCCUGCCAAAAAGUCCUCCUCUUCAACAGACUGGAUAAAGACCAAUUCAACCAAGUUCUCGAUGCCAUGUUCGAACAUGUCUGCCAGCCAGGCGAAAACGUCAUCAACGAAGGCGAUGAUGGAGACAACUUCUAUGUUAUUGAAUCUGGAAAUUAUGACGUUUACAAGUUGAUCAACGGCGACAAUUUGAAAGUCGCUUCUUACGACAACCAGGGCUCCUUUGGUGAGCUUGCUUUAAUGUACAAUGCCCCUCGUGCUGCCACAGUGUCCUCUGUUGACGGAGGAACCCUUUGGGCCCUUGACAGACAGACUUAUGUUAGAAUUAUUGUACGUGCCAACGCCAAAAAGAGAAGACUAUAUGAACAAUUCCUUUCUCAAGUCCAUAUUUUACAAACGCUGGAAGAAUUCGAACGACAGAAGGUCGCAGACGCCAUGGAGCCAAAAGACUUCGAAGAUGGCGAGAUCAUCAUUCAGCAGGGCGACACUAAGCUCGACUAUUUUUACUUUGUGAUGGAGGGCGAGGUCAAAUAUGUUCUUACAGACGAUGAUGGCGUCGAGAAAGAAAUCAAGCGAGACUCAACUGGUGGUUACUUCGGCGAACUGGCGCUGAUCCAGGACAAACCAAGAGCUGUCACGGUCGCAGCUGUCGGCGCUACCAAAUGCGGCUGUCUGGAUGUGCAAGCCUUUGAGCGUCUCCUCGGUCCCUGCAAGGAGAUUAUGAAGCGAAAUGUCGAUCUUUAUGCCAAAGAACUUGAGCAAGUGUCCUCCAAGCCACCAGCAGAAGCUUCCGAAGCUUCUGAUGCUCCCGAGACAAGCGACUAA